CUUCGUCGCAGCUCCGCGUCUGUCUGCGCUCCAGCCGCUCCGGUUCUGGAUGGCCCCUGUGCAGGCCCCUGGCAGCAGCAGAGUGCCUGGGGGCCUGAGCAGGACGAGGGAUGGUGAGGCUGGUCAGUGCCCUGGGGCUGGUCAUGUUCAGCGUGGCUCUGCUCAUCCUGUCACUCAUCAGCUAUGUGUCCAUCAAGAAGGACCUUCUACAGGGAGGGGGCCCUCGAUACGGCCAAGGAGGGGGGCCCCGCAUGUACAUGCUGCACGCAGGUUUCCGUUCUCAGCUGGCUUUGAAGUACCUGGAUCCUGCCUUUGUGCCUGUGGGCAGUGCACUGACUGAAGACCUGCUCAACUCGUCCAAGUGGAGGUUCAACCACAGCGCCUUUGUGCAGCAGAGGGAGGAGAUGGCUCACUACAUCGACGUGCCACAGAACUUCAGCCUGAUUCGCAGCGCUGUGCGUGUGGGCCAGCUCAUGCACUAUGACUACUCCAGCCACAAGUACGUGUACUCCAUCGGGGAGAACUUCCACUCUCUGCUGCCUGAGGCAUCGCCCAUCCUGCACAGACACUACAAGCGCUGUGCUGUGGUGGGCAACAGUGGCAUCCUCACGGGCUCCAAAUGCGGUGCGCAGAUCGACAGCUUUGACUUUGUUUUCCGCUGCAACUUCGCACCCACCGAGGUCUUCAAGAAGGACGUAGGCAGGAGAACCAACAUGACCACGUUCAACCCCAGCAUCCUGGAGAAGUACUACAACAACCUGCUGACCGUGCAGGACCGAAACAACUUCUUCCUGAGUCUGAAGAGGCUGGAUGGUGCCAUCUUGUGGAUCCCUGCGUUCUUUUUCCACACAUCGGCCACGGUCACGCGUACUCUCGUGGACUUCUUUGUGGAACACAGGGGGAAGCUCAAGGUGCAGCUGGCCUGGCCUGGGAACAUCAUGCAGUACAUCAACAAUUACUGGAAGACCAAGCAGCUGUCCCCUAAACGCCUGAGUACAGGCAUCCUCAUGUACACGCUGGCGUCUUCGGUGUGCGAGCAGAUCCACCUGUACGGCUUCUGGCCCUUCGGCUGGGACCCCAACACGGGCAAAGAGCUGCCCUACCACUACUACGACAAGAAGGGCACCAAGUUCACCACCAAGUGGCAGGAAUCACACCAGCUGCCCGCCGAGUUCAAACUGCUCUACAGGAUGCACACGGACGGACUGCUCAAGCUCAGCCUGUCCCACUGCGCCUGAGACACACCUGUCCCUGUCCCACUGCGCCUGAGACACACCUGUCCCUGUCCCACUGCGCCUGAGACACCUGUCCCUGUCCCACUGCGCCUGAGACACACCUGUCCCACUGCGCCUGAGACACACCUGUCCCACUGCGCCUGAGACACACCUGU